CGGAAAAAAUCCUUGGACUGAUGAUAUCAAUGCUUGGGAGCCAGAAAGAUAUGAGGUUGAGAAUGUAUUGUCUAGGAGAUGGGAAGACGGUCAGGAGCUGUUUUUGAUACAGUGGAAGGGAUAUUCAAAAGACACUUGGGAACCCCGAGAGAACCUCGACAACUGUCCCGAACUCCUAGAAAGAUUUUUCCAAAUGGCUCAAGAAACAGAACUCAUUACUCAAAUGAACGUUAACGUUUACAAAAAUUAUGAAAACAUCUGGAGUACCGGUCCAGAGGAAAGAAGGAUAUUUUAUGAAAGUUACGAGAUGGGUCAAAUGUUCAACGAGGACAUGUAUGAUAAAUUGAUACUCAAAAAGUAUAACGACAGGGAAAGGAGGAUCGAGUAUAGUGGAAAAGAUAGCAUUGCUGAGGAUUAUAAAGUUGAAGAUGUGCCGUUGAAAUUGGAUAGAGAUAAGAGGAGAUGA